CAGUGUUCGGCAGCGGAGCCACCACCAGUGUGUGAAUGUGUGAAUGUAUGAAUGUGUCUGUGACUGUGAAGCGCUUUGGGCCCUCAAGGUGGGUAGAAAGUAUACGCCAUUUACUCUUAAGUUUGAAUGUGAGAGUGUUUCUGGACAGGCUCCAGCAUCCCUGUGACUUUGAAUGCCAAUCUGGUGAGUUUUGAAGUUAACUUUUUAUUUAAAUCUGAUUUUCCUGAAGAAUUUCUUAUUGUAAACUGAAAUGGUCCAAAUUCUGUCUAGUGGGAGCAUUGAGUCCCUGCCCAAUCACGGCGGGAGGAUAAACCCGUUUGUGUUUGGAAGGCGUGCACCAAGCGGCCCUACCCACCUGACAGACCUGCUUCACAGAGACUCCAUCACACCUCACCUGUCCGCUCCACUCGCCCAGCCUCCGUCAGAGGAACAGGAUGCCUCUCCAGUCCACUCUGUCCGGCAGGAAGCCCAGCUCCGUCCAGGCUGAGAGCACUCAGUGGGAUGGGAAGACGUUUGAGCAGCUCCGGCGGGAAUGUCUGCAGAAGGGGGUUCUGUUCGAGGAUCCGGACUUCCCCGCCGUGGACUCCUCGCUCUUCUUCAGCCAGAGCGUUCCGGUCCAGAUCCAAUGGAAGAGACCAAAAGAGAUCUGUCAAAACCCAAAGUUCAUCGUAGGGGGUGCAGACAGAACCGACAUCUGCCAAGGGCAGCUGGGUGACUGCUGGCUCCUGGCGGCCAUCGCCUCCUUGACUCUAAAAAAAGAUGCCAUGGCCAGAGUCGUGCCCCCCGACCAGGACUUUGACCAGAACUACGCUGGUAUUUUUCACUUCCAGUUCUGGCAGCACAACAAAUGGCUGGACGUGGUGGUGGACGACAGACUGCCGACUGUGAGGGACCGCCUCAUCAUGCUUCACUCCGCCUCCAACGACGAGUUCUGGAGCGCCUUGCUGGAGAAAGCUUACGCCAAGCUUCACGGCAGCUACGAGUCCCUGAAGGGCGGCAGCACCAUGGAAGCCAUGGAGGACUUCACCGGCGGAGUGGGAGAGGUCUACGAAACCAAGAGUGCUCCAAACGACCUGUUCUCCAUCAUGAAGAAGGCCCUGGACAGAGGCUCCAUGAUGGGAUGCUCCAUUGAUAUCACCAGCUCGGCAGAGUCGGAAGCCAAGACGAGCACGGGUCUGGUGAAAGGCCACGCCUACUCCAUCACAGGCCUGGAGGAGUUGCGGUUCAGAGGUCAGACGGUGAAGCUGAUUCGAGUCCGGAACCCCUGGGGGCAGGUGGAGUGGAACGGAGCCUGGAGUGACAAUUCCAGAGAAUGGGAUUACGUCGACAGAGCAGACAAAGACCGCAUCCUGCAGAACUCUUUGGAGGACGGAGAGUUUUGGAUGGAGUUUGAGGACUUUAAACGGAACUACGAUAAGGUGGAGAUCUGCAACAUGACGCCUGACGCGCUGGACGACGACACAAAACGCCAGUGGGCCGUCAACGUGUUCGAGGGCAACUGGAUCCGUGGCUCCACCGCCGGCGGCUGCAGGAACUACAUCGACACCUUUUGGACCAACCCUCAGUUCCGGCUGCAGCUGGAGGAUGCUGAUGAUGACGAUGACGUGUGCAGCGUGGUGAUCGCGCUGAUGCAGAAGAACCGACGGAAGCUGAGGAAGGAAGGUCUGGACCUGGAGACCAUCGGGUUCGCUGUGUAUGAGGCACCUGAUGAUGAGAGUCAAGUGGAGAAGGACUUCUUCCGGUACCACCCAUCGAAGGCUCGUAGCCGGACCUACAUCAACAUGCGCGAGGUGUCGGAGCGCUUCACGCUGCCUCCGGGGAAGUACCUGCUCGUCCCCACCACCUUCCAGCCCCACCACGAGGCCGACUUCCUCAUCCGCAUCUUCUCUGAGAAGAAGGCCGACGCCGUAGAAAUGGGGAGCAAUGUGGACGCCGACCUGCCGGAUCCGCCCAUGCCCAGCCCUCCAGAGGAGGAGACGGACGAGGAGAGGGGCCUGAGGAGGCUCUUUGACCAGUUGGCUGGAGACGACAAGGCGAUCUCUGCCAGAGAGCUUCAGCAGAUGCUCAACGGCGUUCUCAGCAGAAGAAAAGAAAUCCAAUUUGAGGGUCUGAGUUUGAGCACCUGCCACAGCAUCAUCAACCUGAUGGACGUGGACAACACGGGAAUGAUAGAGUUCCAAGAGUUUAAGGUCUUCUGGGAGAAGAUGAAGAAAUGGAUUAUGCUCUUCCUGGCCUUUGACACAGACCGAUCAGGAAAGAUGUCGUCCUAUGAGCUUCGCAGCGCUCUCAAAGCUGCAGGAAUGCAGCUGAACAACCAGCUCCUACAGCUGGUGGGUCUGAGGUUUGCCGACGACGAAUAUAACAUCGACUUUGACGACUACCUGACCUGCAUCGUCCGCCUGGAGAACAUGUUCAGAGUUUUCCAGGCUAUGGACAAGUACAAGAGGGGCCAGGUCAAGAUGAACAUCAUGCAGUUUCUCAUGUUGUCGAUGAACGUCUGAGGAGCAGAAAUAGAACAACGAGAGCAGAAAAACAAAAAGAAGUUUUGAAAAUCUCAUUUUACAUUUUCAAAGUUCCUCUGGUUUUCCUCCAAAACUUCACUAAACCUGUGAAAUGCUGCUGGAUGGGUUUCAUCUGUUCUGAGCUCUUGAAGCAUUCUUUUCUCUGCUUGAUACACUAAAAUACAAUUUAUAAAGAAAA